UCAGUGUCUGAUGACAAAUUUCCCCCACGAAUCAUUAUCACUCAAUUCUGCAAGUGGUACUAAUUUACUAUCGCUGUUCUCUAGCCAGUCUAAAACCACUUUUGAUCUAAAGGGAUGCUUUUUGGAUGCCAUGGAUGGUUCUCAGUUUCAAGGCAGAAAGAACAGUAAAAAUGCAGGCAGGGCGCAGGACAAAGCACUCGGGACAAAAUGUAUGUGAAAUGGUUUGAUACAGUAAUGUUUUACUCUGUGGUUUUAGUUAUGGUUAAGAAUGUCACUUUUUAAAAUUUUUAAAUUUCCCGCCGGUUCCAGCCCCUGUAUGUCCUGUACGUCUUGACGCUUGCAGGAAGACAGAUGCUGGCAUCGGCCGAAGGAGAUGGUCGGGGACGCUGCAGGGGGGACA